GUGGAGCUCGGCGGCUGCAGACGCGGCGGCGGCGGCGGCAAGGCAGGCGGCGGCCCCGGGAGCAGCAACAUGAGCGGGUCGCAGAAUGAUGACAGAAGGCAAUUCCUGCUGGAGCGGCUGCUGGACGCCGUGAAGCAGUGCCAGAUCCGCUUUGGAGGGAGAAAGGAGAUCGCCUCAGAUUCGGACAGCAGGGUGACCUGUCUGUGUGCCCAGUUUGAAGCCGUCCUUCAGCAUGGCAUGAAGAGGAGCCGCGGAUUAGCACUCACCGCCGCAGCCAUCAAGCAGGCGGCGGGCUUCGCCGGCAAGACCGAGACAGAGCCCGUGUUCUGGGUCUACGUGAAGGAGGUCCUCAAUAAGCACGAGCUGCAGCGCUUCUACUCCCUGCACCACAUCACCGCCGACGUUGGCCGAGGCCGGGCCUGGCUGCGCUGCGCCCUAAAUGAGCAUUCCCUCGAGCGCUACCUGCACAUGCUGCUGGCUGACCGUGCCAGGCUCAGCACAUUCUAUGAAGAUUGGUCUUUUGUGAUGGAUGAAGAAAGGUCCAGCAUGCUCCCUACCAUGGCAGCUGGUCUGAACUCCAUACUCUUUGCAAUUAACAUUGACAAUAAGGAUUUGAAUGGGCAGAGCAAAUUUGCUCCCACUGUCUCUGACCUCUUAAAGGAGUCAACGCAGAAUGUGACAUCUUUGCUGAAGGAGUCCACACAGGGCAUGAGCAGCCUUCUCAGGGAGAUCACAGCGUCCUCUGCUGUCUCCAUUCUCAUCAAGCCGGAGCAGGAGACUGACCCUCUGCCUGUCAUAUCCAAGAACGUUCAUGUUGAUACCCGAUGUAAAAGGGAGCGUAGACGGAGGAAGAAGGUGACCAACAUUGUGUCUUUUGAUGAUGAUGAGGAGGAGCAGGGUACUGGGGACACUUUAAAAAAGAUGCCUGGGACUGCAGAAAGCUCAGAGGAGAACUCUGACCGGUCCUCCGUCAACAUCAUGGCAGCCUUUGAAGGCCCCUUUGGGCCAAAUUCCAACGGGAGCCAGAGCAGCAGCUCGUGGAAAAUUGAUUCUGCAUCUUUGAAUGGGGAGUUGGGCUACCAGAAGCUUGAUGUGAAGAGCAUUGAUGACGAUGUGGAUGAGAACGAGGAGGAUGUGUACAGGAGCCCGUUAGGAAGGGGGCACAUCGGCCAUGCGGAGUCACCAGACAGGACAGUGGAUGGGAACGCCUGCCUCCCCCAGGUACAUGGCUGGGCUCCACUGCAGGUGCUUCAUGGAGAUGCUGAUGCUGACACUGAUGUCCUCUUCCCUGUCAGUGGAGUGGGCUCCUAUGGUGCAGCAGAUGCCCCUGUGGGAAGUCUGGAGAAUGGAACAGGAACAGAGGACCACAUAAUCCCAGAGCCUGGCCUUCGGUACAGUAGGGAAGCCAGUUCUCCAGGCCAAGGAAGUCCUCUGAGCAGCUUGCUUCCUUCUGCCUCAGUGCCUGAGUCCAUGACAGUCCAUGAACUGCGCCAAGCCAUCGUGGCCAUGAUGAACAGAAAGGAUGAAUUGGAAGAAGAGAAUGGGUCACUGCGGAAUCUCCUUGAUGGUGAGAUGGAACACUCAGCAGCGCUCCGGCAAGAGGUGGAUGCCCUGAGGAGGAAGGUGACAGAACAGCAGGAGCGCCAUGCCACAAAGGUCCAGGCGCUGGCCAGAGAAAACGAGGUGCUCAAAGUCCAGCUGAAGAAAUAUGUAGGAGCUGUCCAGAUGCUGAAAAGAGAAGGUCAAACAGCUGAAGUUGUACCUAGUCUCUGGAACGUUGAUACGGAAGUCACAGUCCCUGAACAGAAGCCUGGGGAAGUUGCUGAGGAACUAGCAAGCUCCUACGAGAGGAAACUCAUUGAGGUGGCUGAGAUGCAUGGGGAGCUGAUUGAGUUCAACGAGCGUCUACACAGGGCCCUGGUGGCCAAGGAAGCCCUGGUGUCCCAAAUGAGGCAGGAGCUGAUUGACCUCCGAGGACCGGUGCCUGGAGAUUUGAGCCAAACAUCUGAAGACCAGAGUUUGUCGGAUUUUGAAAUAUCAAAUCGGGCACUGAUCAAUGUCUGGAUCCCUUCUGUGUUUCUCCGAGGCAAAGCAGCCAAUGCGUUCCACGUGUAUCAGGUCUACAUUCGGAUAAAAGACGACGAGUGGAACGUGUAUCGGAGGUACACCGAGUUCCGGGGGCUGCAUCACCAGCUGCAGAGUGCCUUCCCGCAAGUAAGGGCCUACAGUUUCCCACCCAAAAAGGCCAUCGGAAACAAGGAUGCCAAGUUUGUGGAAGAGCGGCGAAAGCAGCUCCAGAGCUACCUACGCAGCGUCAUGAACAAGGUCAUCCAGAUGGUGCCUGAGUUUGCUGCCAACCCCAAGAAGGAGACCCUGGUACAGCUGGUACCCUUCUUUGUGGACAUCACCCAACCUGGAGAACCGCUGAACAAGAGCAGCAGGACCAAAGUAGUUUCCCGCUUCCCUAAGCUGUCCCGAGGCCACCCCAGGGAGGUGCGCAAUGUGGAACCUCAGAGUGGUGACCUCUGACCUCGGUGGACUCUCAGCCCCCAGCCACUUUGUGCUCAACCUUGCUAUGGCAGCUGGCCCUGGACACCUUGGCAGGAUGACCAUGUCCCCAUAGAGAACACACCCUUCCUGCUGCCACAUGCCACCCAAUUAAACUGGUCAGUUUUAGCUGCUGGGUCUCUGUCCUUAGAGCAAAGCAUUGCUCGCUGGACAGACACAGGUGGGGACUCUGUCACUACACCCAGGGUGGCCAAGGAUGGUUGUCACCUCCUCCAGUUCUGCCAACAGACAGUGGGUACCAGGCUCGGCCCAGGCUCCUGGCUGAGACGCCCAGCACAUGGCAGAAGGACCCUUCGGAUGCCACCCGUGAUGCUUUCCCACGUGGGAACUAGAAUGACUGUUCUACUCUUGAAUUUCCUGAUGCUAUUGCCUGCUGCAGCUGGUGGAUGGGGUCUCCUUCCCUGUCCUCUGUCCCCUGUGGCGUUCAGACACCCAACGGCACUGCCACGUGGCUGGUAUGGAUGUGAUUUCUCCAUCUAGUGGCCUAGCAAAGCAAUUGGCAGUGACUUGGUUCUUGAGGAACUUAUCCUUGCUGGCUCCAGGGAGCACCAUCCACAUAGGAAACCUGAGGCUGCCCCAGCAAGGACCUCCACCCUCCAGCCCUCAGCAGCAGCCUGAAAACUCUGGCCCAAGAAUCGGUGGCUGUGACCUCAUGUCACUAGUGAUUUGGCUCUGGACAUUGCUGUGGAAGGCUGGCCCUAUAGGCUCUCAGACCCAGUACAGAACUGAAAAGAGAAUGAUUGUCCUCUGAACGUGUUUAGCACCAACUGUCUCCUAACAUCUCAGUGGGAGCAGGAUUCUGUGUCCCUACAAGAUGUAGUUCUAUUGCUCUCGUCUCAGGGUCCCAGCCUAGAGUCCCAGGCUCACCGGCAUGGAGAGGAAUAAGAUCCAGCUGCUUUGCAGCUCUGACUUCCUCUGCCAUCAAGCCUGGGUCUCCCCGAUUCUCAGGACCCACUGUCUGUGGUGGUCUGUCCCCCUAGGUCAGAACCUCCUUGCUGACUUCAUGUAGUAUGGAGGAACUUGCUGAAGGGACCACAGACCAAGCAGUGUGCACUUCUCUGUCUGCCAAGGAAGGAGUUCACAGUGGCGUCUACCCAGGGGCGACGACUUAGGCAGUCGUGGGAGGGAGCCUGAGCAUGAACUUGAAGGGCUGAAGCUCAAAGCUAGACCUGGGCAAGUGGUCUGGCACCUUGGAAAACUUGGGGAGUAGCCAGAGAGGACUUCAGAGUGCAGGGAGGGGCCUGAACAGCUCCAGUUCUGGAGGGUUCCUUGGGACAGACAGGUGGGCUGUGCACAGGUGAGGCAGAGCAUACCUGUCCUCCCUCAUGGCUAGGGGCAGGAGCUGGGGGGAGCAGGGGAGCCCUCUUGAGCUUCCUGGGAAGGGGGGACCCAAGAGGCUUCUCAGCCCUAGAAAGCCAACAUGGUUCCUCUCUUGUCUCCUAAGAUGCUUCAGGCUUCACACAAAGGCCAUACCCAGAGUGUGGGCUGGGCAUGCACUUUGCAGUUGGGCAAACUGAGGCAUGCAGAAAGGCCCUAUGAGGCUCUGGUAGCCCCAAGUUCACCUCCUGAGCUGGGAGACCCAGCAUGGGGAUACUUCAUAUUCUAUCAUGUUCAGUACAGACAGGAUCCUGCUACACCUCCCACGUCUCCCACAGCAGAGUCCUGAGCACCAGGGCUUUGGGACACCUAGCCUAAACAUGUGUCACUAAGAGUCUGAGCUCUCUCACUGCAAACAGGGCAUAUAUAGAACCAUCUUUCACAUUCAGCACCUGCAGUUAAAGCAGGAAAGACAGAAGAACAGAAGUCAGGCAGGCAGGCAGGCAGGCAGGCAGGCACUUGGACUUGAGACCUUGGUUUUCUAGGAUUAAUUAUGGGGAACUUGCCUAACUCUGCCAUAAUGUGAAUAUAAAGGCUCCGUUCCAGGGACUUCAUAGGCCCUUUGGUUCCUUGACAUCUGCCUCCUACCCAGUCCUUUUCCCCAUCUUGGGGAUUGACACUAGGGCCUUGCAAGUGCUGGACAAAAGCUCUCCUGUGAGCCACACUCUAGCCCUGCCCACACCCUGCUUCCACAGAAACCCAGUAAACUCUUGGUUCCAGGUUGCCCUUCUUAUACCUCACAAGAGCCUGUUGGGACUCAGGCGGAGCAAUGCAGGACAGGGUCAGGUGAUGGAAGGCUGUUUCCACAAUGUUCCCCAGAUCUGAGGCCCAGCAGGGAAUGCAGAGCUGUGCUCGCCCAGUCUGAUACAAGUUCAGCUCUACAGGAGUCUGCUUCCUAACCCUCCCCUGACUGUGGCCUUGGCUUUCUUGUGGCUGCUAAAACUUUGUUUCAGUAAGAGUUCACACUUUCUGAAGGCAAGUCACAGUGUCCUAGGCCUUGGUUACUGUGUCAUCUAUUCCUGUUCCGUCUGUCUGCGUAACCUGUAGACACAACUGGCCCCUAAGGAGAGUCUGGGCUCUGUUCUCCCAGGUCCACCACCAGACUCCCUCACGUUGGCAGCCUGCACCUGCACCUGCAUUCACCCACCCAGUGUGCUAAGCUGAGGGACUCCUGCGAGUGUUCUGACAGAGGGACAGUCGACUCAGGAGCAGGCAGUCUCACCAUGGUGCCCUGCCCCUGCCUGCUCUGUUAUCUGGGAACCAUGCAAGAAGGAGCGGCCUCAUGCCCAUGGCAAUAACAGUCCCAAUUGCUCAACAUUCCCAUUAGAGACAUUGCUACCCACUCCAGAGGCACGUCCUGGCCUGGGAGCUGUGACCUCCUUAUGAACAAGGUCUAUUGUAACAAACAUUCUUUAAACUAUUGUGCACUAUUUCACUAAAGAUAGUGUUAAGUGUUUGCUGUUUAGGUUGGUUUUGCUACUUUUGCACAACUGUAGCACUGUAUAUUUUAUCUAAUAUUUCUGUGCCAAAAAGUUCAGGCCCUGUUGCUGUGAUAUGUGGUCUCCAUUAUGCAUCUGAAGUAAAGUCUAGGCAGUGGGUGGGGAGGGGAGAGAGGGCAGCGUCAGGGCUGGAGUGGCUGCUGUGUGGAGGCCUGGGGUUCACUUCUCACAGGCCAUGUUCUCCUGCCCUGAAGACAUCUGUUCAUCACCUGUUGCAGUGCCACCUGCAGCCUGCUCAGCUCUGCCCUUACCAGGAGGCAACCACUCGACCACAGGGAGGCUUGUUUAUUGUUUUCUUUUUCAUCAGUAGGACAGAUUGGGAAGGCUCAGCAAGAAUUGGGACAUGGGACACGUGGCAAUGGUUCUCACAGGAGCCAGAAGGUCGCUGAGCACCUGGGAAGAGGACCUGAGAGCUGGGACCUCCAGGGCAGAGAAGGCCCUGAUCUGUUAUCUCCACCCACCCUGGGAAGGGCUCUGAGGCUGCCACAGCCCUGUCUGGAGCCUGCGGGUGCAAACAUCCCAGAGAUCUGAGCAUGUGCUAUCCCGACUCCCCUCUUAUGUUAAGGUUUACACGAUAGAAUUUUUAAACAAAUAUGUUUAAUUUUCUAAAAUCUCUUGUAUUAAAUUUUUCUUUUGGAAUAAGCUGUGGAUUUUGUUACAAUCUGGUUGAGAGAAGCCUUUUCAGUGAGGGGAUUAAA